CGCACCGCAGUCACAUGAUGAUCAUGGGUGGGCACGGUGGGCCUGGCCGAGGCAUGUCACUCACCAAGCCGUUCUUCUGCUUUGUGCAGGGCUUGCUUCUCUGGGUCGCCGGAACGUCGGUUCAUCGCCUACCCUAUGGUGAAAUACCGGCACCGCUUCAUCAACCUGACGAACAUAUCGAGGCACCAACAUGGCACGAAGUCAAGCUAUUGGAAAAUACUGCCCCUCUCCAGCAUGCUCCAACGCCCCCUGGUUUCAUGACGUCAUCUAGCGUUGCCCGUAUAAAACAAUCUGCGCACCAAUUUAUCUUCAGUGGGCACGGUGGGCCUGGCCGAGGCAUGUCACUCACCAAGCCGUUCUUCUGCUUUGUGCAGGGCUUGCUUCUCUGGGUCGCCGGAACGUCGGUUCAUCGCCUACCCUAUGGUGAAAUACCGGCACCGCUUCAUCAACCUGACGAACAUAUCGAGGCACCAACAUGGCACGAAGUCAAGCUAUUGGAAAAUACUGCCCCUCUCCAGCAUGCUCCAACGCCCCCUGGUUUCAUGACGUCAUCUAGCGUUGCCCGUAUAAAACAAUCUGCGCACCAAUUUAUCUUCAGUGGGCACGGUGGGCCUGGCCGAGGCAUGUCACUCACCAAGCCGUUCUUCUGCUUUGUGCAGGGCUUGCUUCUCUGGGUCGCCGGAACGUCGGUUCAUCGCCUACCCUAUGGUGAAAUACCGGCACCGCUUCAUCAACCUGACGAACAUAUCGAGGCACCAACAUGGCACGAAGUCAAGCUAUUGGAAAAUACUGCCCCUCUCCAGCAUGCUCCAACGCCCCCUGGUUUCAUGACGUCAUCUAGCGUUGCCCGUAUAAAACAAUCUGCGCACCAAUUUAUCUUCAGUGGGCACGGUGGGCCUGGCCGAGGCAUGUCACUCACCAAGCCGUUCUUCUGCUUUGUGCAGGUCACUCUGAAGAAGCGCAAGCUAUUAUGGGAAAGUGCCAAACAUGACAAAUCGCUCGGAAAGAAGGUUUCACUUCAGCAUGAUAAGCUACGCAUCAACAAUGAUAUGUACAUCUGGAAUGACAAAACAAACCAACGCGAGAUAGCCUCUAAUUCACGUACUGGCCAACAUUCUGAUUGACCAGUCAAAGAGAAACUUAUCAGAUUACUGAACAUUAACGCACGAAGCAUCGUGAAUAAGACAAUUCAACUAGAAUCAAUUCUUUUGUCGCACUCGCCACACGUUGCAGUUAUAACAGAAACCUGGCUUCAUAGCGAAAUCAGUGACAAGGAUGUAGUCCCGCCUGCCUACAAAAUAAUUCGUAGAGACAGGACUACUAGGGGUGGUGGGGUAGCUGUUAUUGUAAAGUCGUCCGUGGAGGCCAUUCUGUUAUCAGAGUCAAGCAACACCGAAAGUCUGUUCGUAAAACUGAAUAUUUAUGGUCAUGUUUUUAUUUUAUGUGCGGUGUACAGACCACCUGACUCUUCCCCCGAUUAUUUAUUUACUAUAAGUGAACAGAUGGCACAGUUCAAUAGAAAUAAGCUUUUAGUGGUUGGGGAUUUUAACUUGCCGGGCAUUGACUGGGAUCGUAUUAUGUCUAGUGCCGGUUCUGUUACCGACGCAAAUGUGCUUUUUGAUAUGAUGCUCGACCACAACCUUGUACAAGUAGUUCGUGAACCUACCAGAUUUGGUAAUGGCCCUGGUUCGCUCCUUGACCUUGUCUUUCUUGAACGCUCCUUUUCCGAUUAUUCUGUAUCUAUCGAACCUGGGCUGUCUGACCAUGCUCUUAUUGUUGUAUCAUUUCCCUUGAAUGUUUCCCGCGCGCAUGGCACGCAUGCGCUUACAAUUGUGAAAAAUUUUGCGCAGGCUGAUGAUGUGCGAAUAACAGAUUAUCUAGACUCUUGUCUUUCUGAAUUUCGCCAGAAUGACGUUCUGCAGCUUUGGGAAAAGUUUAAAGCAAUGUGUUUAUUCUGCAUUGAUCAAUUUAUACCUAACAAACUUAAAAAACCUGCUAAACAUACACCAUGGAUGAAUAGACGCACUAUUCAAUUAAAACGUAAAGCCAAACGCCUAAGAAAGAAAGGCCCAGCUACUGACAAUUUAACCAGUGUUCGUGUCGCCCUUUCAGAGGCCAUUGCAGAAGCAAAAAAUUUUCAUUUCAGCAACACUUUACCAAAUUUUAUUAAGGACGAUCCCCAGAAGUUCUGGAACUUUAUUAAGGAACGGAAUAAAUCCAUAACAAACAUUGUCCAUGAUAACAUUCCAAUAACUGAUCCCAAGGCUGUUGCAAACCUUUUAAAUGACCACUUCCACAGUGUCUUCUCACCACCAACUGAACCCUCUUUCCAAACUUCACCAUCCUGCUCUUCUGACGUUAACAUUUCUCAUGAAGGUGUACUUAACAUGCUCCUCCGGUUAAAAGUAAAAUCAUCUGUUGGUCCAGACGGCAUUCCCAACACCUUCCUUCGGCGUUAUGCGGAACAUUUAAGUAAAUUCCUUGUAGUAAUCUUUCAGGCGUCUCUACAUUCCGCGGUACUUCCACUCGAUUGGAAAGUAGCACGUGUUGUCCCUAUAUUAAAAAAAGGUGACCCAAGCUCAGUCCUAAAUUACCGUCCGAUUUCCAUAUUAUCCUCUUCUUGUAAAUUAAUUGAACACAUUGUUGCUGACUACAUUAAUGAUUUCUUAAACAAGCGUAACAUUUUAUCUCCUUUCCAACAUGGUUUCAGGAAGGGGCUCUCGACAGUCACCCAAUUAAGCACAGUCAUUCACUCGUUUGCUUCUGUCCUUGACAAGGCUGGCCAAGUGGAUGUGAUAUUUUUGGAUUUUCAAAAAGCAUUUGAUGUAGUUCCUCACGACAAAUUAAUUUGUAAAUUAGAAUUCCUUGGUCUUCCUGCCUUUAUCCUGUCCUGGGUCUCAGCUUACUUGACGCGUCGCACACAGUACGUAGUGAUUGAUGGGCAGCAGUCCGAUUCUCUUUCUGUAACCUCUGGCGUGCCUCAAGGCAGCGUCCUUGGCCCGCUACUAUUUCUUAUUUACUGUAACGACAUAGUAGAUGUAAUAGAGGCCCCUGUCAAUAUUCGUCUGUUCGCAGACGAUUGUAUCAUUUUUAACGAUAUUAAUACAGUUCAUGAUCAACUAUCUCUUCAUUUAGCCUUAAACAACAUUCUUGAGUGGAGCAACAAGUGGGGAAUGAAACUUAACUCAGAUAAAUCUGUGCUUCUACGUAUAACAAACAAAAAACUACCCCUAAAAUUUUCUUAUUCUAUUGGCCAAGAUCCCUUGGCGGAAGUGAGCGAGUACAAGUAUCUUGGAAUUACAAUUACUAACAACCUAAAUUGGAAUAGCCAUAUUGCUGCUACCGCCUCCGCUGCUUUCAGAAAGCUAUGUCUACUUCGCCAUAAGCUGAAACAUGCAUCCCAUGAAGUGAAAUCCUUAGCCUACACCACAUUUAUUCGACCCAAAUUGGAAUACUCGUGCGUUAUUUGGGACCCGUUUACAAAAACCAACAUUUAUGCCCUUGAAAGGAUACAGAGAAGAGCCAUACGUUUUAUUUUUUCCAAAUACGGCCGAGAAGAGUCUGUUUCUGAAUUACUGCGUACAAAUGGCUUUCACACCCUUCAAACGAGGAGAAAAAUAAUACGCCUGCAGUUCCUCUACUCCUUGAUAAACCGUAAAUUUUCUUUAGAUCCUAGUCCAUACAUAACACUCUCCGCAUCCAGGAAAACCCGUCAUUCUCACCCCCUCACUCUCUCCCCUUACGUUGCCAGGACAAACCUCUUUAAAUUUUCAUUCUUUCCUCAAACCAUAGAAGAAUGGAACCUCAUCCCUUUCCAUCAUCUCAACUCACCUGAGUCAAUCCAAACUCAUAUUAUUAAUAUUUCCUAACUAACAUUGCUGUUUCGUGUUAUAUUUCAUUUCUUGAAUUUCAUAUUUUUUGUAAUUCUGCCUUUUAUACAUGUAC